CUCCAAUUGCCUUUGGAAAUGAGACAGUGGCGGAAGGAAAAGAAGGAGACGAAACCGCGCCUGUGUCGUCUUCCGACCUCUGCGGAGUAGCAAAUCCAUCGAUAAAUUACGCCCCCAAUCGCUUUCCUGCCGUUUUGGUAAAAGAAAUCGAGCGAAGAAGGCUUCCCCACAGUUCCCUUAAUUUUGUUUCCUCAAAGCUUUUUUCGCUUUCAAUCGUGGAUCAGAAGGAAUUGGAACGAAACAUCGGCUUGAUCCAUUUCGGCCCUAAUUGAUUCUACGAGGUUGAAAGGUCGUGAUUUUGGAAGGUUUAGGUGGUUGCUUCGAUCGAAAUUUGAGGACUGAUCGAAACCAUUUGAUGUUCUUCUAUCGAAUUGUCUGAAAAUUUUGGAUUUUGAGGGGAGUUCUUGUGGUGGUUUUGAGAUCAGAAUUUGGGGACUGAGCGGGCGGAACGAUGACGAUCCAGUCGUUCCCGGGAAGCUCGGGAAUCAUUGAUGCCUCGCCGAAGAGGGACAUAUCCUACUUCAGCAAUUUCUACGUGCUCGGUCUCACUCUGACGGCUGGCAUCGGUGGUUUUCUGUUUGGCUACGAUACGGGUGUCAUAUCUGGAGCCCUUCUAUAUAUUCGUGAUGAUUUCGCUGCUGUUGCCGAAAACAAUGUUUUACAGGAAACUAUUGUUAGCAUGGCAAUAGCAGGAGCCAUCAUCGGAGCUGCAGGUGGUGGAUGGGUGAAUGAUGCCUAUGGGCGAAAGAAAGCUACCCUUCUUGCUGACAUCAUUUUUGCCAUUGGAUCUGUUGUAAUGUGUGCUGCUCCGGACCCAUACGUCCUCAUUUUUGGAAGGCUUCUUGUUGGCUUGGGCAUUGGAAUAGCAUCUGUCACUGCUCCUGUUUAUAUUGCUGAAGCUUCACCUUCAGAAAUUAGGGGAGGUCUAGUUGGCAUGAAUGUACUUAUGAUCACCGGGGGACAGUUUCUCUCCUACCUUGUAAAUCUUGCUUUUACAGAGGUACCUGGCACUUGGCGCUGGAUGCUUGGAGUUGCUGCACUGCCAGCAAUUAUACAGUUCUUUCUGAUGCUGUUUCUGCCUGAGUCACCUCGCUGGCUUUAUCUGAAGAAUGAGAAACCUCAGGCUAUUGCAGUACUUGCAAAAAUAUAUGGAUCUGAUCGCUUAGAGGAGGAAAUAGAUAUUCUGGCUGUUGCUUCUGAGGAAGCUUUUUGCUCCAAGAACAAUGUCAGAUACUUGGAUGUCUUUAAGUCAAAAGAAAUGAGGCUUGCAUUUCUUGCAGGAGCUGGCCUUCAGGCUUUUCAGCAGUUCACUGGGAUAAACACAGUUAUGUAUUACAGUCCUACGAUAGUCCAGAUGGCUGGUUUCACUUCAAACCAGCUUGCUCUGCUCCUCUCCCUCAUCGUUGCAGCCAUGAAUGCAGCUGGUACAAUUGUGGGAAUCUUCCUCAUUGACCGCUGUGGCCGGCGUCGAUUAACACUCAGCAGUUUGUCCGGCGUUAUCAUCUCGCUUCUCAUACUUUCUGGGGCAUUCUUUCUGCAGUCAUCUGAACUCAACUCCGGCUUAUGUGAGGUGCAAACCCUUCAUGGCACUUGUGGCACAAGCCUUGGAUGGAUUGCUGUUCUUGGUCUUGCUCUCUACAUUGCCUUCUUCUCUCCAGGGAUGGGCCCUGUUCCAUGGGCAGUUAACUCAGAGAUCUACCCAGAGGCCUACCGUGGUGUGUGUGGGGGCAUGUCAGCCACGGUGAACUGGGUCUCGAACCUGAUUGUUUCACAGACAUUCCUCUCGCUUGUCACUGUUGUAGGGACAGGGGGAACGUUCUUGAUCAUUGCCGGUGUGGCCGUGGUGGCAUUCAUUUUCGUGGCGCUAUUCGUGCCAGAAACAAAAGGCCUGAGCUUUGAGGAGGUGGAGAGGCUGUGGAAAGAAAGGGCAUGGGGAGGUGAAGAUGUGCGCCGGGGCCUGUUGGUCUGAGAAGGCUUCAUCUCUAAAGAAAUUUGUGCUUUCAAAUGUAUACUACUUGUAUCUUGAGUCUCAGCUAAACAGCAACAUGGAAGAACAUUCUGUCUUGCUUUUUAGCAGAUAGCAUUCCUGGUGUUAGCUCAUUGUUUCAGUGCAAUCUCCAUCAGUAUCAUUGUAAGGGACUAUUUAAGAGGCAUUCAAUGUGUUCUCAACUUCUAGAA